AUGUUUACUACUCGACUAGCAUUAUCACAUAGAAGUGUAUUAAGAAAGAGUAUACCGACAAUAUCCAGAAGGUUUAAUAGUAAUAGGGCCAGCAAUAAAAGAUCAAACCUUGUUAAUGGUAUCUUCGGUUCCAUUAUAAUUGGUAGUAUUGGUAUAGCAUACAAAUAUGGGCAAGAUUCUAUUAGACAUAGUCCACCAUCAGACGUUUUCCCAUUAGAAUCUACUACGAAGUUAGAAAAUAUUUCACCACCGAAAUAUUGUUCCGAAAAUGAGUUAUUGCAAGCUGUCAAAGAAUUGAAAGAACUUUUGGGAGACGAAAAUGUAUUUAAUUCCAAAGUAGAACUCGAACACCAUACAAAGAACGAAUUUACGCAUCAUUUACCAAGGGAACAUGAGAAGCCAAGAUAUGUUAUUUAUCCAUUGUCCACUGAGGAUGUGUCAGAAUCUAUGAAGAUUCUCUUCAAGUAUAACGUGCCAGUGGUACCCUUCAGUGCAGGCACUUCAUUGGAAGGCCAUUUUUUUUCAACCCGACAAGGUAUCUCAAUGAAUACUUCAAGAAUGGACAAAAUUCUAAGGGUUCAUCACGAUGAUUUAGAUGCUGUUGUUCAAGCAGGUGUAAACUGGCAAAAGCUAAACGAAGAACUAGCACCUCAUAAUUUGAUGUUUGGAACGGAUUGUGGGCCCAAUGGCUUGAUAUCUGGAAUGAUUAAUACAAAUGCUUCAGGCAUAAAUGCUUCGAGAUAUGGUGCUAUGAUAAGUAAUGUUAUUUCCAUUACUGUGGUGCUUGCCGACGGAACCAUUGUGAAGACCAAACAAAGACCCCGUAAAUCAAGUGCUGGAUAUAAUUUGACAGGGUUAUUUAUCGGUAGUGAAGGCACAUUAGGAAUAGUGACCGAGGCAACUGUGAAGUUACAUGUCAAGCCUCACUUCGAAACCGUUGUUGUAGGCCAGUUUCCAUCUAUUUUGGAUUCAACCAAUACAGUGGCCCAAAUCUACAGAGCAGGUAUCCAGCCAAACGCAAUAGAAUUGCUAGACAAGGAAAUGAUGCAUUGUAUUAACUAUAGCGGUUAUUUUACUCGCCAUUGGCUAGAGUGCCCGACAAUCUUCUUCAAAAUUGGUGGCAUCAAUGAAACUGUUGUGACCGAAUAUGUCAACAAGCUAAAGCAAAUCUCGAUGCAAAACAACUGCGAGGAGUUCAUAUUCGCCCAGAAUGAAGAGGAACAAGAAGAGCUCUUCUCAGCCCGCAAAAACGCAUUCUACGCCAUUUUAAACUACGGCAGAAACGAAAUAGAUGAAGAUGUCAGGCUUUGGGUCACAGACAUCGCCGUUCCAUUAUCCAAACUAUCUCCCGUGCUAACAAAGGUAGAUGAACUCAUAAAAAAGUCGGGAUUGCGAAGUGUUAUUCUCGGUCAUGUUGGAGAUGCAAAUUUCCAUGCUGAUGUCUUCUACAAACCAGACGAAAAGAAAAAAUGCGAGACCCUUAUACACGAAAUGAUGCUAUUGGGAUUAGAAAAUGAAGGUACUUCUAGCGGUGAACAUGGAAUAGGUAACGGCAAACGGAAAUACCUCGAAUUAGAAUUGGGAAUCGAUGCGGUGGAUUUAAUGAGAAGAUUGAAAUUUUCUUUGGAUCCAAAGAGAUUAUUAAACCCUGACAAGAUAUUUAAGAUUGAUCCAACAGAUGAUAGAGAAUACUAA